AGGGCCCCGCCCCACACAUUCUUCUGCCUUGUAAGGCCCGGCCCGCCCGCCGCCAGAAUCGCGGACUGACCGACUGUGUGUGCACAGACAGACAGCCGCCGCCCUGCCGCCCUGCCUGCACCGACAGCGCCUCCGUCUGCACCAGGGAAACCCCACCAACCCGAAGCCAAGAUGUCCAGCAAGCGGGCCAAGGCCAAGACCACCAAGAAGCGGCCACAGAGGGCCACGUCCAAUGUCUUCGCCAUGUUCGACCAGUCCCAGAUCCAGGAGUUCAAGGAGGCCUUCAACAUGAUCGACCAAAACCGGGACGGCUUCAUCGACAAGGAGGACCUGCACGACAUGCUGGCCUCCCUGGGGAAGAACCCCACGGAUGAGUACCUGGAGGGCAUGAUGAGUGAGGCGCCAGGGCCCAUCAACUUCACCAUGUUCCUCACCAUGUUUGGAGAGAAGCUAAACGGCACAGACCCGGAGGACGUGAUCAGAAACGCCUUCGCCUGCUUUGACGAGGAGGCCUCAGGUGUCAUCCAUGAGGACCACCUCCGGGAGCUGCUCACCACCAUGGGCGACCGCUUCACAGAUGAGGAGGUGGACGAGAUGUACCGGGAGGCGCCCAUCGAUAAGAAAGGCAACUUCAACUACGUGGAGUUCACCCGCAUCCUCAAGCAUGGCGCCAAGGACAAAGACGACUAGGCCCCAUCGGCCAACAGCUGAGCCCUGUCCCAGUCACACACAGCACCCCAACCCACCCCACACACACACACCAUGCCGACUCCACACCCAGGACCCCACAGGACCUGCUCGGCAGGUCCUCCCAACUCCCCGUGGAGGAAAAAGGCCAAGAGAGCCUGGUACAGGAGGAGUCAGGUGAGGGGUACACUAGCUUCCCACCAGGGCUUUCCAGGGAGCUAUGGAGGCACCAGGGGAGACACAGGGAGCCAGGCCUCCACUGCAGCCAGGGCUCUAACAGGCUGCCCCCCAAGGCUGGGCCACCUCUGCCCAUGUACCCAUGCAGCCAAUUCCUAGCACUGCCACAGCACAGUCUCAUUCACUAAGUUCCCCUCCCAGAAGACAAGGUGCCCACACCCUCCGCAGACCCUGCCCAGCCACCAGGACACCCCCCAGCUCAGGUGUGGGCUCUACAGGCUGCCAAGAGUGACCAUCUGUCCCCAGGAAGCAGCUCUAAUAGAAGACUGAACACUG